AGUAUCUGGUAGGCUAAGAUGGAAGGUGGGUUGAAUCGUAAGGAAAUAAUUACACGCAACAAAAUCAGAGAGAGAGAGAGAGAGAGAGAUCCUAUUCGUAUUCUUUGUUCUUGUUUGUUUCAAAUCUGGAAAUAUGGGUUUAGCUUCGGUAUUAGUUUACACAAUCUUAGCACUUCUUGUUCUCUUUUUCCUCUCUUCACACUCUCCCUUCAACAACACAACCACCAACAACCACUCUUCUAACCGUCACCGCCGUCUCAAACUCCGUUCCAACUUCACCACUCUCUCUUCUCCCCAUCCCUAUUCUAACCACCAACCCGUCCCUUUCGACCCUCUCGUCGCCCAACUCGAACGUCACCGUGAAGAUAAACAAUGGGAACAACAACACAUUCAAAAUUCACAUCCCGAACUUCACCAUCAUCACUCCGCUCCUGCUCAUGAAUCUCAACCUGAGUGGGAAGACUUCAUGAACGCUGAAGACUUCAUCAAUGAUGAAGAUAAGUUCAAUGUUACUUCGAGACUUCUUCUUCUUUUCCCUAAAAUUGAUGUUGACCCUAUCGAUUUGUUCAUCGAUCUUCAUGAGUUGACUCUUUGGAAUCUUCAACAGGCUCAUAGAGAGGUUUUACAUCGUUCACAGAGAGAAAUGGAACUUCAUGAUAAGAAUCGUGAUGGUUUUGUUUCUUUUUCUGAGUAUGACCCUCCUAGUUGGGUUAAAUCUGCAACUAAUGAAUCUUUUGGGUAUGAUAUGGGUUGGUGGAAAGAAGAACACUUUAAUGCAUCUGAUGCUGAUGGAGAUGGUGUUCUUAACUUAACUGAGUUCAAUGACUUUCUGCAUCCGGCUGAUAGUAACAAUACAAAGCUUCAACAAUGGUUGUGCAAGGAGGAAAUUAGAGAAAGAGACUCAGACAGAGAUGGGAAGGUCAACUUCAAAGAAUUUUUUCACGGGCUCUUUGAUUUGGUACGUAACUAUGAAGAAGAAAGUCACAAUGAUUCCCAUCAUUCUGAUAAUUCAUUGGAUGCUCCAGCUAAAAAAUUGUUUGCUCAGCUUGACCAAGAUGGUGACGGAUAUUUGUCAGAUUUUGAACUACUGCCUAUAAUAGGGAAACUCCAUCCAUCAGAGCAUUAUUAUGCAAAGCAACAAGCAGAAUAUAUCAUUUCACAGGCAGAUGUUGACAAAGAUGGGCGCCUCACUUUGCCUGAGAUGAUUGAGAAUCCAUAUGUAUUUUAUAGUGCUAUUUUCAACGAUGAGGAAGAUGAAUAUGAUGAUUACCACGAUGAGUUCCGAUAAAUUCACGUUAGGAUAUACACAAAGGCUUGAAGCAAUUUCAGUGACGAGGAAUCUGUAUUUGAAGGUUAUGAGAUGACAGAAUUUUGACAAUUUGGCCCUUAUUAGGUUGCUAGUCUCAGUCCUGUUGGGGUUUUGUGGCAUGGCAACAUUUAUUGCUUCUUUCCAUUCAUAUCAUCUGCGAGUUCUUAUGUGCUGAUAGGAUCCACCGUGGCUUGUCAUGGAGUCACACCUGGAUCAUCUGGAGGAUAAUAGGAUCUAAACUUCAUUGUAAAAUUAGAAUGAUAUAUACAUAUUUUCAAAUCACUUGUUGUUGAGCCAUCAUUAAUUAAGUGUUAGACGUCAAUUCUCAAUGGAUGAUACAUGUACCAUAUAACAUAUUGAUCAUCAUGAUCCUAGUUAGACUAUCAGAUUUAUUUUUGGACCCAACUCACUCAUUUUGUUUACUAAGCGAAGCGUUUAUAAGAAGGAUGUACCCCCAAACAAGGUUAUAAGAUGGCUAUCAGUUCUGUAUUAUUCCAAAAGUUUGAGUAAAACUCCUCUCAAGUACUACUAUAUUUAUGAUCAUUUAGUCUUUUACAAAUUGAUUUUGUUUAUUUGAUA